UGACUUAAUUAUUAACCUAUGCAGACAAGGUGCCAUAGGAAAAAACAAGCCCCAAGAAUAGACUUUAAAUUGGACGUAUUAUGGACACUGACUUUUCCAUGUUAAUGUACAAAUACUGUAGUUGUGUUUCUGGAAUGCCUGCCCAUCAAGCCAUUAAGAAAGAAAUUAAACAACCGAGUCAAGUUUGAGUGAGUUGACUAUUUCUGAAAAUAUUUCCGUGAGCACGAUGUCCUGCACUUCCGCGCUGGACUGAAUUUGGAGGGUUUGCACAUGAGUUGCAUCCUACUUUGGCUCCCUCUGCUGGAGAACUUCGGUAGCAGUCGAAAUUGAGGGCUGGGAAUAGACUCGGGCGUCAUCGCUUAGGAGGCGUGGCUAACCGCCAACGCGGAAGUGCCUCUCUUCCCUCGACCCGUACUCCUCAUUGUGCUGUCGGAGUGCGGAAUCAAAAACACGUUCUUCUUUUUGUCUUCGUGGCAGCUCGUGUACGUUUUUUCUUCUGGGCGCGAUGUUCUCCAAGAGGUUGAUGACGUGUCUGCGACCGUGCGCGUCCUUGACGAGCAGAAGACUUCUGUGCGCGGAGGCAAAGGGAACCGCGCCAGACAUGGCGGAAGGAAAUCCUCUGUUGCACGUGUCAAACGUGCGAAACAGGCUGAGAGAGAUUGUGGGAGCUUCCACCAACUGGAGGUACGCAAACAUCAGCACAAUCAAAAGAAAAGGAAUAUUGAAGAGUCCGCUUUUGUUCGGUAGCAUAUCUACCGACCACCAGCAGGCCAUGUCGGAACGCGUGUCGCUAUCGUCCGCGUUGGCCCGGUCGCAGAGCGAGCUCCCGGCCAGGAGCAUGAAGGACAGCCUCGUGGAGGUCCACCUCCCUCUGGGCUCCCAGCCGCAGCUGCGAGAGAAGUACCUCACCUUCCACAACACCGUCAGGUUUGGGCGCAUCCUGGAGGACUUGGACAGUUUAGCAGUGCUCAUCUCAUACGCACACACUUACAAUCCCGCCCUGAAGAGGUCGCCGUUGUCUAUUGUCACCGCCCUGGUGGACAAAAUAGACAUGAGGCAGCAGGCGAUCUAUCCCGCCUGCGACAUCAAGUUCACGGGUCACGUGACCUGGGUGGGCAAGACCUCCAUCGAAGCCAAGAUGCACAUGACGCAGUAUCGCAAUGGAGCUUAUUCUCCGGUUCUGGACGCCACGUUUGUCAUGGUGGCUCGUGAUCCGGAAAACAAGAGAGCGGCUUUUGUGAAUCCUCUGAGUCCGGAAGGUCCAGAGGAGGAGGAACUCUUCAGGCAGGGAGAAGGUAGGCGAGGACACGUCGCACGAGACCCGGGUCGCGACCCGUCACCUCUGUCGUGCGUGUGCGCGCUGUACAGUGAACAAGUCCCGUCGGGUGGAGCUCAGCACCGCGUCCCUCCUGAAGGCGGCGCCCACGGCCGAGGAGAGGAACAUCGUCCACGGCCUCUUCCUCAACACGCUCGACACCAAGUAAGAGGACGCUCGCUCGCGUGGACCUCCGCCACGCAACUCGCUCGCUCUCCGCGUCGUCUUCGUUUGUGUGCGCGCUGCAGGACGGUGAGCUUCCGCGGUCGACUGUUGCCUCCCGACUCCGUUUGGAUGGAAGACGCCAAACUGAAAGGGUUGGAGAUCUGCCACCCGCAGGUCAACACAUCAGGGGAACCACUGGAACGCCUUCAACCGAAGCACGUUGACACUGUGUGUGUGUGUGUGUGUGUGUGUGUGUGUGUGUGUGCGCGCGUGUUCCAGGAGAGGAACAUCUUCAACAGGAUCUUUGGAGGCUUCCUGAUGAGGAAGGCGUACGAGCUGGGCUGGGCUAACGCCUGCGCUUUCGGGGGCGGUCGGCCCGGCCUGGUGGCCGUGGACGACAUUCUCUUCCAGAAACCCGUGGAGAUCGGAUCCUUGUUGCUGCUCUCGUCGCAGGUGUGUUACACGGAGGGCAAGCACAUCCAGGUCAGAGUUCACAGCGAGGUCUUUGACCCGCUGACCCGCCAGCACAACACCACCAACGUCUUCCACUUCACCUUCGCGUCCGACCGCCGCGUCCCCGACGUCGUCCCGCGGACGUACGGAGAGUCCAUGUUGUAUCUGGAUGGGAAACGCCACUUUAACCACACGGUGGCGCACUGACGGCGACCGCACCAAAACCUGUUUGUGUGCGUAUGAUCCAAGACACGCACAAGGUCAUGCGUGCGUGCGUGUGUGUGUGUGUGUGUGAUGUUUACGAGUGCGUCUCAACGGAAACAUGUUCGACAUCCAAGUUGUGUUACUUCCUGUCUGAGGAUGUCACACACCUCGAUACACGCGAACAAAGAUUGUUGUUACUUUUAUUCAUCCCGUCACGGAAAUGAAGUACAGCGGAAGCUCGAUCGAACAGACGAAUAGGGGGGAGGGGUCAUCUGUUCAAUCCGAUCGUCCGUUAAGUUGAAGUGGCCUAAAACCAAAAUGAAUGGAAAAACAUGUUUCAAAAAAGCUUGAAGAUGUUUGGAAAGUUUCAAAGUUGAUCCAAACUUCGCUGACUGGCGAAUGAAUGGAAGGGGAAGAUUGGGAGUUCCGACCGAAAUCCAGAGUCUUGUUGUUACAUCCAAGUUCCAUUGUAAUAUCUUAUCCUAUCCCGAGUGAUUUUAUGCACUGCUUCCGUGCAUCUUAUACGAUACUACAGUAUAAAUAAUAUCGUUACUCCUUUGACUUGACUCAGUUAUAAGCGUCACCGCUGUUUUUUUCCCUUGGCCUUUUGAUGCAAUAAAUGCAUUUUUAUUUCAAUUGA